GGAAAGAGAGAAGUAGGAAAAGGGAUCAGUGUAAAGGCUAGGAGCGUCUCGAUAUGAUUAAACAACCUCUGCUGCCUACAACGGAACAGCAUAGCUUAGAACUGGAGCGACUUGCCAAAGAGAAUGAAGCUCUGCGUAGUAGACUACGUGAUGUCGUUCAUUCACCACUCUCGGAUUCAGAAAAGCAACAGCUUCUAGAUGCAUCACGACUGCACAAUUCGGCACCAGCUUCUAUUGCAGUAUUGCAAGAAGAUAGCUGUGCUGAAUCUGGUAACAUGACACAAGAAAAUGCCAGGAGCACUACACCUGAGUGGGAUAAACGAUCUUCUAGUUCAGAAGUAUCCGUUGCCUGUCUACAGGACAGAAUCUUACAAAUGGAGGAAACACAUUACUCAACUAAUGAGGAACUUCAGGCCACCUUACAAGAACUUAGCGAUCUACAGGUUCAGUUAAUAGAACUUCAAGCAGAUAAUGAAAGGCUUGCAGAAGAGAAAGGUGUACUGCUAGAAUCUCUUUGCAGGCAAACAGAAAAAUUAGAAGAUUCUAGAUCAAAAGUUGAUACAUUACAGGGGCUACUUUUAAGAGAUGAGCAGCCUCAAGAGUCAUCAAAAGGCUAUAAUACGGAAAGAGAACAGAAACUUGUAGAUUUAUUAAAGAGUGCUCAAGAGGAGCGCGAGAGUCUACUACAGAAGCAAGAGGAGCUGAGCACGGAGCUGAAUUCGCUUCGGGCGAGCGCUAACGCGAGCACGACGGAGAUCGAGCGGCUGACGAAGCGCGUCCAGGUGCUUGAGUCGACCAUCGACGCGACGAGCGUCGAACGUAAGCUCCUUGACCUCGAACUUACCGAGUCCAAGCAGGAGGGCGCCAAUCGCAGCAUCGAAAUAAGCAGGCUCGCGACCCUCCUCGACAACGCCCGCGCGAAAAUCGAGGAACUCGAGCAGUCGAGGCAGCUGGAGAAUAAGAGCGAGGCCGACGAGAUGCUGGAUGCGGCAAGACGCGAGAAAGACACUCUCGAGACCCAGGCGGCCGCCCUCCAAGAGCAAUUAGCGAGGUCGCAUUGCGAGCACGAUCGGCUCAGGAAUCAGUACAUCCAGCUCCAGGAGGAAUUUAAGGUCGCACGCAAUAACGCCAAAUCGGCGAUCGAUGACCUGGAAUACCGUCUGGUCCAGCUGAAGGAGGAACGCGCAACGAUGAACGCGGAAUUACAGUUGGUGCGAGACUCCCUCGCGGAGCUCCAGUCCCAGUGUCAGCGCCACCUCGAGGACAAGCGCGAGAUGAAGGCGGUACUGAGCGAGUUGCAGCGACGGGAGCGCGAGGCCCAAGGUCGCCAGUGUGAGGUGGAGUGUGCACUCGCCGAAGAGCGGAAGCUCAGGCAAGAGGAAGCGGUCGAGUGGCAGCAAUUCCAGACGGAUCUCCUGAUGACGGUACGCGUGGCCAACGACUUCAAAACCGAAGCUCAGAGCGAGCUCGAGAGGGUCGUAAUGGAGAACAAGGCCCAACGCGACAAGCUCAGGGCACUCGAGGCGCAGCUGGAUAAGCUCAGCAAUACCAGCAGCGACGUUCAAAAGCCAAGGAGCACAAUUUUAAAGCGUGGACGUACGAUUAUUAGGAAACGUUUUGAAUCAAAGAAAAUCAUAGUGAAAUGUGACCUAUCAAGGACAAACAGUAUUUUAAAAAAUCAUAUACCGAGGACAAAGGGUAUUUUGAAAAAUCAAAUUAAAACAGAACAAGGAAACAGUGUCUGGUUUGAUUUGAGUGACACUGUAGAUUUUAAUUCACCAAAUAUUUCCAAAGAUAUUCAGCUAAAACUCACCGCUGAUGAAGACAAGCAUACGCAUAAUUUGCCUCUCAACAAUGCCGUCGAAAAAGAAUAUGUAAAAGUAUCUCUUAAUUCUUCGGGAGAAAAAUAUGCACCAAAUAUUGUUGACUCGACUCUUAAGCUUCAUAAUGGGCAUAAUGUGCAUAAUUCAAUUAAUAUAACCAGUCAUGAUUCGAAUGACUAUGCUGAUAGUGAAGCUGUGCGUAAACUGGCACACUCAACUACCCAUCCAACCAAAGAAAAGUUUAUACCAAAGAUCAUUGACUUGACUCCCAAGCUUCAUACGGACGAAACUCAUGAAUCAAACAAUCCUACCUGUCAAAAUACGUGUAAAUUAGUAGCAUCUAACCUCCUAGACAGCUCUAGUGCUACAAUUACAAAUCCAUCAAAUAGUUUAUUAGAGAAGAUUACGGGCAUUCAGGAUGCUAGCAGUAACGUUUACAGCAUCAACGUAUCCAAUAGCCGAUUUUUCGUGCCAAAUAAUUAUGUUCUUACAAGCUACAAAAAUUCAAUGAAUGAUCUAAGCUUCAAAGUGGAUCCUGAAAUAACAAAAGCUCUGCGUAAAAGUUUGGAUGAAAAGUUCAAACAUACAACGGAUAUUAUCGAAUGUCCCUCAUUAGCCAAUAACAAUUUGACGACUACUUCAUCUACAAAGCAAUCUAAUAACGUAGAUGGUUUUGUACCAAAAGUAGAGUCAAAAACCUGUAUCCAAAUGCCUCCACCAAAGCCCAAUUCAAAAGAUUUAAUUAUCGAAGAUAAAGAAUUAAAUUUAGUGCAAUUACGAAAGCCUCUGUUAAGUGACUGUAUUACAAAGGAAAUACUUAUAAAAAAUAAAGUACCUAAUGAUGCGUAUAAUGAGGUUGAAUUAAGGAAACCUUUAACAAACGAUUUACUUACGAAAGAAAUAACUUUAGAUAAAAUUAAAAGACCCUUAACGGCAUCUUUGCAGUUGUCAAGAUCAAAUUUUCUCAGAAAUUCCAUACAUGAAAUACAACCUCCAAAUUUAUCGUUAAAGAGUAGGCAGUUAUUCUCGCGGAAUUCUUUGGAACUCGCCCCGAAUGCAUCGUCCAGAUUUCCUUCAGCGCAAAAAUUGGUUUCAACGAUACGUCAAAAAUUCGAGGAUUUGCCGUCGUUGAGGCUCAAAGAUGAAAAUACCUUCUCGAGGCAAAACGAUCAUAAGAUGUCGACUGCACGUCGACGUUAUGCCGGGAAUUUCGAGGAUGUCGUCAGUACAAAACCCAAACCAUUGCCACGACGUUUGAUCGGUAAUACCCAGAAAAGCAUACCGCCAACGACGAGGAUAGCGACAACUCCAACUGAAACGCAACAGUCCGUUAUAACAAGUGUACAGAACGAAAUGGCAGCUCGACGUAAAGCAAAUAUUACCAGACAAGAUUCAAGACUUUCGGUUAAGUGUCUCAUCGAGAGCAUUGAAAAUGCUACAAAACAGGCAAAAGCUGGUCCCGGAAGUCGUAGUAGUUCAACAUCGUCCCUCAAUUCAGUUGGCACCAAUGAUGUAAUAUCUUUGAAGGCUCCCCUCAGAGAUCAACAAAUAAAUAAUCUUAUAUGUACAACAAAUUCUACAAAUAAUAACAACAAGACCCAAUCGAGUAACGCCAAGAAAACAUUUUCAGAGACGAAAAACGCAGUGCCUGGCGUUCUGACGUCGGGUCAGCUCCUGGACACGGCGGCCCUCAACGCAAAGGCAAUGGACUUCGUAAGGCGCAACAGCGUGACGGAUCUCUCGGAGCGCAAGGAUCCGCUCUGCGGCCUCGUGAAGAACGGAGGAUCGCGGCGCAAUGCGCUCCUCAAGUGGUGUCAGAACAAGACCGUCGGCUACCGGAACAUCGACAUCACCAACUUCAGCAGCUCGUGGAACGACGGGCUUGCCCUAUGCGCCAUACUCCACACCUACCUUCCCGACAAAAUACCUUACGACUCCCUCACGCCCACGGAAAAGAAGAGAAACUUCUCGCUGGCCUUCUCCGCUGCUGAAAGCGUUGGAAUACCGACGACCUUGAAUAUUGGCGAUAUGUGUCAACUCGAGCGACCUGAUUGGCAGCAGGUCAUGACAUACGUCACUAGUAUCUACAAGCAUUUUGAAACCUGACCUGAGCCCACAAAAUGGAGAAGUGAAAAUUAAUUUUGUUUACGUAGCUUGAUACUGUUAUAUCAUCGUUACUUUACUUCCCUUUCUUUUAUUAUCUGACGAACGUGACAAUGAGGAAAAGCAACGUCAUCUAGUCAACUACUUUACCAGGGGGAAAUAAUCUUAACCCUGUGUAAAAAGCACAGAGCAGCUUCCUCGACCUUGUCCUUGAAAAAGAAAGUAGCAAUCGUAACGAUCGUUUCCGUUAAGUAAAGUUGACGCAGGA